AUGUUGGCGACCCAAAGAAUGUCGUCCCAUGGCGGACAGCAAAGUUUCCCUUUUGGCUACCAACCAGAGAACAUUCAUGGGCUCGGCUUACCUGAGUUUAUGACCCCAGGACCCCCGCCUGGCCAACCUCUCCUCAAUGCCGACGAGAACCAAAACCUCGACAAUUUCUUCCACGAUUUUGAUAGCAAUGCGAUUACUGCAAAUAAGCAAGAUCACCAUGUGCAAUACGGUUUCUCCCAAGGGCAUCCUCAAUACUAUAACAUGCCACCUAUGUUUGUCGGUUCCGACACUGGCCUGGCCCACCGUGCUGGGAUAGAGCCUCACCAAGCAGGCGGGUUUCCAUAUGCCGAUGCCAUGAUGGCUCAGGAUAUGGCCCUCAUGGGACAUCCAAGCAACCUGAAUGGUGCAAUUCAUCCUGCCCAGUACAAUGACGGUUCAUUUAACGGUCCACUUCUGGCUCAACUUCAGACAGCUGCCGCUAUGCAACCGACCUACGAUCAAGGGUGGCAGCAGCCCUUCACCCAACCAGGUGUCAUGAAUGUACUCCACCAAGGCCGGACUGGCGUUCAUUAUGGCACUGAUUUUCGCUUUCAACCGACCGGAUAUGCUGCCCCUAACGUCCCGACAGAUCCAGAUAUGAUACAUCCUAUGCACCCCAUGGACAUCCUGGAGCCUACAAGUGGUUCCAGCACUCAGCCUAACACACAACCAAAUACGCAACCUUCAAGUCCAGUAUGGACUAAAAAGAGAACAUUCGAGGAUUUCCAGCAAGAAGAAGCACCAAGAAAUGGUUUUGCGCCCCUGCUCAAGACCCAGCUGACCGGCCCCACUCAGCCAUCCGUUUCCAUUCCCAGUUCGCGGAAGCAACGCAAGUCGGUGGUCAAGACCGAACCUCAUCGGCCAUCCCAGCCUCCGACUCCUUUGUCUAAUAGUAAGCCACGCACACUGGUAGACUCAGAGACUCGCGCCGGUGUCCAAUCUGUCGAUCAUGAGGACGAUGCUGAGGCAGAGGAAGACGACGAUGCCACAAACGAACAAGCCAAAUCUCCAUCACCUGCUCCCUGGCCUUCAUCCAAGGCUCGCCCCCCCCGCGUCCACGUACCACCACCGCCCAAGAAACCUCCUCGCAAGAAAAAGGCAAGCAUGAGCUCAUCUACCCCGGUGAAAUCAAAACUAAAAGCUCAACGGACGGCGAGUGCUGCACAGUCUUCUCAAUCAACAAGAGUACCGUUGAGUCUAGAACAAAAGAAAGCGAACCAUACAAAUUCAGAACAACGUCGUCGAGAUGCCACUGCUCGCUCGUAUGCUGAGCUGUACGACCUUGUACCGGAACUUGAGGACCAGGGAAAGCAGAGCACGAUGAAGAAACUCGAGCUCGUGGUUGCCAAAGUUCGGACUGUGAUGCAGAGAGUUGAAGAGUUGCGGGCCAAACUAGGUAUUGAUCCUGCUACAGGCAGGCAACUAGGCCCUCCGGGCGCAUCCAGUUUAGCACACAGCGGCCUUGAAGCCUGGCAACGCUGA